GAUUAGCCGAGAGGUCGAGAACCACCAGAUUUUCCAAAUUUGGCCCCCCGAAACCCUCUCUCGCCCCCGCCCCUCUCGCCGCACGGCGCUUCCGCCGACCGCCCUCGCCGAAUCCAGGUGCGCCGCCUCCCCCUCCUCCGGGAGGCCUUCCUCUCCCCGGCCGCGCGGCGCGUGGUGUCUUCCGCCUGGGUCGAUUCUCCCGCGGAGUUCAGGUUUUUCAAGAUACGUGGGCUUGGGACGGGUCGGAACACCAAGAAAUUCGGAUUCAGAAAAGUCUCAGGUUUUUAAAGAUACGCGUGGGCUUGGGACGGGUCGGGAACACCAAGAAAUUCAGAUUCAGUUGGGUGGCUCAGAAUGGACCUAAUACUUCCGUUUAAAGUUGGAGAUGCCGUAGAGAUAAGAUCCUAUAAUGUUGGUUAUAGGGGUGCAUGGUUCCGGUGCAAGAUCACCGAUAUGUGUAUCAGGAGUGGUCACAUGGAGUGUCAGGUGGAGUAUAUAGACUAUCCAGAUGAAAGAAGGAAAUGGAAUAGACUCUACAAAAUUCCCCCAAAAUGCCGUAAUCAGAAAGCAAGUCAGAAUAGGGAGAUCAUGCUACGACCUCCUUUUCCUCAGUGGUGUUGGGAGAAUGAUAUUUGUGAGCAUGGGCAACAAAUGGAUGUUGUAGCAGUUGUAAGCAGUCCUUGGAAAGUAGGUGACUUGAUUGAUUGGUGGUACACUGAUUGUUUCUGGACCGGGAAAAUUAUCGAGUUGCUGGAUGAUGACAAAGUUAAGAUAAUUUGUCCUGAAAUACCAUUAGGUGAAGGUGGAUGUUGGGUUGCCCAUCCCAAGGACCUGAGGCCAGCGCUUGAUUGGUCCCUUGAAAAAGGUUGGAGCGCCCCUCUUUCACAGGAAAACGGCAAAUGCUGGCAUACUGCUCGUUUGAUUGCAGGGAACCAAGAUACAUUAAGUAGCAGCUCUGAUGAGGAUGACAUUGAGCAAUCUUGUGAUGGUAACAAGGUACUACAAAAAUGCUUGAAUGGAUCAUUUGAUUCAUCGGAGCAAGAAAUAGGAAAAUGCCUGAAUGGAGCAUCUGAUACACCAAAGGAGUUGGUGGAUCCAGAUGUAAUACAUCCAGCCAAUACAAAUGGCAGGUGCUGCAUGGAAAGUCAAACAGAUAGUGAAGGGGAACCACAAAAAUACAUGAAUGAAGAGCCUGGCGUGUCUCUGGAGGCCAUCUGUUCAAAAGUGCAACUCGCACCCAAUGAAACUGGUGAAUGUUGCAUGAACAGCCAAGCAGACUGUCCGACGUCUCCUUUGGCCAAUUCAGGACAGUCUCCUCAGUUCAUUACCAAUGAGCAAUCAAGAAAGACCAACUUUCUCUGCAUGAUCAGGCUGUCUUGGGACCGGUUAUGGGCCAGAGACUAGGGCGUAUUCUUUCAUCUUUGGAGACCACCUUAGAUGAUGGCAAGGGCGAAGAACGGGUACGUAGCAGUGCUUCUCUCUCGGAACAACAGCUGCGACUUCAUUACUUCUAGGGUGGCGCCACACCUGGAAGUAAUGAAGUCGAUCUCAGCAUUCGGGCCAUCAUGUACAUUUCCGUUUCUCUCUUGAGAUCGAUGACUAGAUUGUUGGCAGGGGCGUUGGAGAAGCUGAAACAGUUGAUUUCAAGGGUGCAGGCCGUGUGUAUUAUUUUCUCUUUUUACACAUGAUAUAAAUGGCCAUGUCAUUGCACAAAAGCAAUUUGAGA